GUCCUAUUCCAUGCCCUGGUUAGUAGUUCUAUUCCAUGCCCUGGUUAGUAGUUCUAUUCCAUGCCCUGGUUAGUAGUCCUAUUCCAUGCCCUGGUUAGUGGUCCUAUCGUUAUUUAUUUACUCCUUGACGAGCACGAUCCAAAAUGACUGAAUUAAUACUGUAGAUAUGUGAUUGUGUUGGUGAUGUCAGCAAACUAUCAGCUGAUGUGGUGCCACCCUCUCGUGGUGCCAGCUGAUGUCACCACAGUGUCAUCACUAAGCCCUUGUAUACGUGAGAAGCAGACUAACCUGCAUGGCCUGUUAGGAGAGAUAAUAGGAUUUAGUUCCUAUAGACCUAAAUGACUCUAAUGGGGUAGUGGCCUCUCUCCUCUCUGGACAGCUAGCCAACCGAUAGGCUGUCGCAACCUAAUCAACUUGCUUACAGCCAACCAAUAGGCUGUCCCAACCUAACCAACCUGCUUACAGCCAACCGAAAGGCUAUCACAACCAACCUGCUUAUCCUCGGGUCAAUCUAAGCUGUUUCUGAGAAGAGACAGUCUCAUCUCAGUACUAGGAGACGUACCGGUCGGAGAGGGAAGCCAAGAAGUGGUACCUUUUGGAUGAUUGAAGUGGACUUUUGUUGAUUGUAUCUGAUAUUAUUGUUGUUGGACUCUUUUCAUGUUUGUUGCCGAGCGCAGUCAAGACAGAGCCGACGUGAUGCCAGUCACCAAAUCAACCAAGAAGAAGAAAUUGAAGAAGGAGGCCAGUGAUGUGGAGGACACAGAAGGCAGCCCCCCAGAGCCAGGUAUUGAGAUGGAGGUGCUGGCCAAUAGGAGGCCGUCAGAGACCGUUCCUUUGACCCCUGAACCACAAGACGUCCCACCACAGAAGAGGAAGAAGAAAAAGAAGGCUCAGACCCUAGACAUGGAGGAGCCGGAGCUGGUGAACGGGGGUGGGGUGGAGCAGCACACGGACGGGGAGGAACAAGUCGUCACCCGGACAAAAACCAAGAGGAAGAAGAAGUCCAAGAUUGACAUGCAUUACACCAAUGACCUGGGUGUGGAGGAUGGUGACAUUGUCAGUGGUCUGCACCAUGCUAUCCCCCAGCAUUCCCUGUUCUCUACUCCUCUGGGCCACAGCCAGCCUGUCGGAAAAGUGUUUGUGGAGAGAAACAGGCGUUUCCAGCCAACUGACCUGCCCAAACACAGUGCACAUCUGGAGGACUACAUGGAGGCCACGCCCCUCUGGACAACCAGGGAUGUAGCCAUGAGAGUACACAGUGGAUUCAGAGUGAUAGGUCUGUUCUCCCAUGGCUUCCUGGCUGGCUAUGCAGUGUGGAACACCGUGGUGGUGUAUGUGUUAGCUGGGGAGCAGUUCACCACCCUCCCUAACCUGCUGCAGCAGUACCACUCCUUGGCCUACCCUGCCCAGUCUCUCCUCUACCUACUGCUGGCUAUCAGCACGGUGUCCGCCUUCGACAGGGUGAACCUGGCUAAGGCCUCCAUGGCUCUGAGAGGGUUCCUCACCCUGGACCCGGCUGCUCUGGCCUCCUUCUUGUACUUUACAGCGCUCAUCCUGUCUCUCAGUCAGCAAAUGACCAGCGAUCGCAUCAACCUCUACCCCACUGCCAACGAGACCCUGUGGCCCCCUGGCUCAGAGCACCAAAUCCUCCAGCCCUGGAUAGUGGUAAACCUGGUGAUAGCCCUGUUAGUGGGUCUGGCCUGGGCCUUUGUCUCAACACGACCAGACAUGGACUACACAGAGGAGUUUUUGAUGGCGAUGGAAGUUGAAGAUCUCUACCCAAGACAUGACGAUAACCCAGACCUCUCAGCCUGAAACUCAGUCUGUCGUGUUCUGGUUGGUUCCACAUCAGCUGUAAAGAAAAGAAAGUGUGUUUUUUGUAUUAUGUGUACCAUAAAAUGAUAGCAAUUUCCAU